CAGCCUCUGCCUGACCCAAACAAAGUGCACAAAGUUCGUGAGGAGAGACAAAGUCGAGUUAUUUUGUAAAUUUUGAAAUUUAUAGCAAUAAAUUGCAUUAUCCUGCCAUUUCGACCCUGCCCAGACGCACCUCUGUCCGGGACGACGAAUGGUGGUCGACGACUCCCUCCCUCCUCCUCCUCCCACCACCACCUUAUUUUUUAGGGCCUCUAACCUAACCAGUUAGAGUACGUGCCAGGAGUUUGUCUUUUACAUCCAAGAUGAGUUCGACCGACUUUAUGGGAGGCUCAGAUGGUGUAUCAUCAACCACAAACUCCAAUAAUACCACCUCUGAUCUACCUUCCACCAGUAAAUUCAACAAUUCCGACACCAACAUGGACUCGACACUGCCUACGCUCAAGUGGAAAAAAGUAAUCGACACGUCCGGAGUUCAACCGCGGCCAAGGCACGGCCACCGCGCAGUCGCCAUUAAAGAUUUGAUGGUCGUCUUUGGCGGAGGAAAUGAAGGCAUCGUGGACGAGCUUCAUGUCUACAACACCAUGACGAAUCAAUGGUACUCGCCAACGGUGAAAGGUGACAUUCCACAAGGAUGUGCCGCAUAUGGAUUUGUCGUAGACGGAACACGACUCCUCAUUUUUGGCGGAAUGGUGGAGUAUGGACGAUACUCCAAUGAUCUGUAUGAGCUAUCUGCAUCUCGCUGGGAGUGGAAAAAGCUCAAGCCUAAAAUGGCACGACAAGGAGAGCUCCCUUGUGCACGUCUCGGCCACAGCUUUACGCUACUCAACGACAAAGUGUACUUAUUUGGAGGGUUGGCGAAUGAAAGUGAUGAUCCCAAGAAUAACAUCCCACGCUACUUGAAUGAUCUCUACAUCCUCCAGCUGAUUACGAAUGGGCCGGGAUCAUGGGAGAUUCCGAUGACUUUUGGACAAGCGCCGAGUCCGAGAGAGUCACAUACUUGUGUCGCCUACUCCAACAAGUAUGGAACGGAAAGUAAGCUGAUCAUCUUUGGGGGGAUGAGUGGCUGUCGCUUGGGAGAUUUGUGGACCCUCAUGGUCGAGACAAUGACCUGGGUGAAACCUAGUUUCUUUGGAAAGACGCCCCUUCCUAGGUCACUUCACAGUGCGACCCUGGUUGGAAAUAAAAUGUACGUCUUUGGAGGAUGGGUGCCACUGCUGGUGGAUGACGUGAAAUCCAAUGCACACGAAAAGGAAUGGAAAUGUACUAAUUCAUUGGCAGUGCUGAAUAUUGAAAACAUGACAUGGGAGAGUAUCCAGCAUGAUAUGUUAGACGAAACGAUUCCAAGGGCGAGGGCAGGCCACUGCGCUGUUGCUAUUCACACCCGACUCUAUAUUUGGUCUGGACGAGAUGGAUACCGGAAGGCAUGGAAUAAUCAAGUCUGCUGUAAGGACUUGUGGUACUUGGAAGUUGAAAAACCCGUCCCACCCGCAAAAGUUCAGCUCUCCAGGGCAGCCACAAACAUGUUGGAGGUCAGUUGGCCCGUUUUGCCUGGAGCGGAAGGCUAUCUCCUCCAGAUUUGCAAGUAUGAUACGUCGAAAGAUGUCCAAAACCCAACAGGGACGAUGAUGGGGGUUGGAUCCGCUCCUGCAACCUUACAACCAGUACCGGCUGGUGCACCUCAACCGAUGUAUGCACCGUCAUCCGUCGUUGGUUUCACAGGAAAACAACCCAUGAUGUUUACUCCAGACACGCAUUUCACCGUUCCAAUUAUCUCCUCCUCCAGAGUUGCAGGUCAGAUGAGCAUGUCAAACUCAAAUUCUAACGCGACUCCGACUCCGACAAGUGUUCUCGGCUUCCCGGUCGUAACUUCUAUCUCGGCUAGUAAUACAAACUCCCCCGCGAAUCUUCCAGCCGCAUCCAGUCUAAUCUCUCUCCCGGCUAGUAUGGCAGGUACGGCAAGCAACCUUUUCGCGGCACGAGGUGUUGGCCGGGUUGUUGCUGCCAAGAAUGCAACCCCACGAGGAGGGAUCGUUCGUCUUAGGGCGACUACCCCUGGUUCUAACGUUAACAUAAACACUGCAAGGGCACCCUCCAUCAUUAAACAAGGGUCCCAAGUUACCACUCAGCAAAACACAGCCUCCUCUCUGAACGCGCUGGCCACUGCAGCAGCCGCUGCAACAGCCGUCCCCCAAAAGAUACAAACUCCCACCCCGACGGUAAAAGUAGUUCAAGCAUCAAAUACGGGACAAAUGGUCACCACAACUCCAAUUAAAGUGCAAGGUGUCGGUGGAACUACACAAACAAUCCGGAUCGUCAACCCAGGUCAAGUAGGACAGGGCGGGAACGUUAAACAAAUAAUAGUCCAGAAACCUGGAGGCGCUCAAGGAACCGCCACCACCGUCAGCGGUCAGCAGUUGUACACUGUAUUGAAAACAAAUCAAGGGAUGAUGUCGAACGUAGUCCAAGGCGUCAACUCUUCUACAAAGGUAGGACCUAACAUUAUUCGCCUCGUCACUCCAGGAGGAGGACUGUCGGGAAUGGGGAUGAAGGCAUCAAUUAUUGGAAACGCACAACAAUCAGUGAUUAACGUUCCGGGCCAACAGGGAGGCAAUCUUGUGCUCAACAAGCCACAUGUGACUUAUGAUGCUAAUAAUAAACCAACCUUUGUCUUCAGACCGGGAACGAUGGCGACGAGACCGGCGGGCGGCGGCACUCAGUACGUCGUCGUCACCCAGGCCUCCGCCCUUCGAAAUUAUCAAGGUAUCACAACCACUAUGGCAGGUGGUGGUACAACUGCGUCUACCCUUCAGUCCGGUGCUGGAGGGAACCAAGGUGUCAAGAUGAUUAUGGUUUCAACUCCGGGAUCGUCGGCUACGGCUGGUAAACAAACGCAGUACAUGACUUCCACGGGUCAAUUGUUAACUCUUCCGCAGGGGAUUGUAGGCUCCAAUCAGCAAAUUUCGAUUGGUGGUAAACCGGUGUCAAUCCAGAUGGCUGCGUCAGGCCAAAGAUUUGCCUUGAUGCCAACCGGUACCGGUGGCAAGGUUUUACAAACCCUCCAAACGGUUGGCACCGCUGGCGAAAAGAAGAUUGUCGUCCUCCAGCAGGGCUCGCAACCCGGUCAAUUCACGAUUGCCUCCUCCUCUGAUAUGAACCAAAGAGUAGUCCAAUCGACUGCCAGUACACAAGAUGGACAAAUCGACUCAACGUCGGGUCAAGAAGUGAACGUACAAGAGGCGGAUGCGUUAGGAGUCAGCCUUGGAAACUUUGGAGAAACUUUAACUGCAGAAGAAGCGGCCGAACUGAUGGGGACGGCCGUAGACAUUGGUUCUGGCGACGAGGAGAUGACUGAUGGUACAAAUGUAGGAGAAACAAUGGGACUCAAAGGGGGAUCUACAUGUACUGAUAUUGUCCUGUACGAUGACAAGGUGAAAUUUUCGUGGUAUACUCCAUGGCUCAAACUGAAAGGAGGUGGCAAUGUUGACGAAGCCCUCGAAGAAAAAUUGCCAACCAACAACGAGACGGCUGAAGAUCAGCAAGUUGAAGAGCCUCAGAGCAUUGAUAACUUUUCACUUAGUCAGGCUGAAACUCAAGUUAUUGAAGGUGGUCCCGACAGUGACCAAGCAUUGGGAGGCGGCCAAGAAACACAGGAGAUGUACAGUAUUACUACCGCCACCAGUAUGGAAGAUCAAUCUUCGAUGCAGAUCUCAGGAGGGAUUGAGAAUCAACAAAGUACGGAAACUACGCAGAGGGUAUUAGCCGAUCAGACGGGCUUUGUGGGCGAAUCAAUCGACGGAGGACAACAACAACCCGAAUUUAGUCCUAAUCGUGGCGUCAGUGAAGCUGAAAUGAUCCAGUUAUUCGAAGCUGCCUCAAGCGGAACUCUCACAACUUCACCACGAUCAGCAAGCAAUCCUGGUCACUUGGAAUUAAAUCCCACCACAUUGCACGCCUUGGCCCAAAUGGCUAAACAAGCCACUCCAGAACCUACCUCGGCUGUUGCUGAAAACAACCAUCUACCCCCCGGGACGUCGUCGUACGAUGAGUUGCAGCAAUCAACCCACCGACUUCCAAGUCACGACACUCUACAAAUGCUGGAAGAUUCGGAUCCGCUCAGUAUCCUCGCGUCUUCAGCCGUCAGUGCGCUAUCAGUUCAAAAUGAUGCAACCAAUUCUCUCGUCAUGGCUGCAGCAGCAGCUAGGGCAGAAGCUAACCAUCUAACCGCCGAGACAGCCGGAGCCUCUGCACUUGCUACAAGUGCAGACACUUUGUCAUCUUUGUCAGCCCUGACAAGUGAAGAAGAUCGGAAGGACGGAUGGGCUGAUGUGGCUUAUACGAAGUUCAACCUUUGUCAAGUUAAACAAUACUACCUCGUAAAUGAAAAGCUUUCCACCAUGCCCCCGGAUACGGAUGUCUCUCGAGAUUUAGAGUUUAUUAAGAAGCGUAUCGAACUUCAACCCGGGACGGCGUACAAGUUUCGAGUUGCUGCGAUUAACGCGUGUGGUCGAGGUCCUUGGAGUGAGACUGCAGCCUUCAAAACCUGCCUUCCUGGAUUUCCUGGAGCGCCAUCAGCCAUUAAGAUUUCUAAGGCGUUGGAAGGAGCACUAAUUUCUUGGGAGCCUCCAAGUAACAAUACGUUUGGGGACAUUCUUGAGUAUUCAGUGUAUCUUGCUGUAAAACAAACUCCAAGCAAUCUCAACCAUUUGGAUAUGAAUGUCAAGGCUGGAGCUACCAGUCUCUCAUUUGUUCGAGUCUACUGCGGUCCAUCGAAUCAGUGUACUGUUCCCAACGCAUCUCUUGCUACAGCUCAAAUUGACACUACAACGAAACCAGCCAUUAUAUUCCGUAUCGCGGCCAAGAAUGAAAAAGGAUACGGACCAGCCACCCAAGUUCGAUGGUUGCAAGAAUCUGCCUAUAGUUUUGUGAAGCAGCAGGCUGCUUCGAAGCGUGGAGCCGAGCCUUCAAGUGGUCGAGGAUACAAAAAGUCCAAGUACGACGACACUGCCUGAACAAAACCUUUUACACUACAUACUUUACCAUACUGACUAAUUGCAAGUGACUAAUUAUAUUUUUACAUUCAAUUUGUUGACUCUUAUUAAGCCUUUAUGGAGUAGGUGUUUAGCUAUAAGUUUCUGUGUUCCAGUCUUUUCUCUGUUACUAUUUUGUUUCGCUCUCUUUCGCGUCACCUGUAGGUGUAAAAUUUACUACUACAUACAAUGUUGAACUUUACAUUAUAAUCUCAAAGUAUAAAGCUAUUUUGUAAAUUACUCGUCGUAACUAAUGCAACAAUUAGUUAUUUGUCAAUAUUAUUUACUAGGCAAGUAUCACUCUUGAAACUGUUGAGUGCAAUAAAAUAGCAGUGUCAAAAAUAA